AUGUCUCCAUAUUCUGUACUCGUCACAGGGGCCAAUCGGGGCAUUGGCCUAGGAUUGGUUCGCGAAUUGCUGAAGGACUCAGGGAUUGGAGUCAUAGUAGCAACCGCACGCGACAUUGAAAACGCCCAGGUCCGUAAUGUAGCUUGACUCAAUUCGGAUGAAUGCUUUUUAGAAAUUGAAGGAAGUUCAAGAUCCUCGCUUGCAUUUACUUCAAUUGGAUGUCAACUGCGAUAAGUCGAUCAAAACCUUCUAUGAAAAGGUGUUACAUUUGUUUUUUUGAUCACAACCUGUUUAUUGCGAAUUUUUCUAGCUUUCCGGAGUUGUGGGAGAAAAUGGUUUGAAUGUGUUGAUCAACAACGCCGGUGUUUUGGUGAAUUACACUUCGGAACAGGUAAAUUAAUUUCUGAAUUUUAUGCAUGAUGACUCUGAGCCGAAUUAAGGAGCCAAGCAGAAAAGAUCUUCUGAAACAAAUUGAAACGAACACAAUCAGCGUCGUCGUUUUGACCCAAGUAAUUUUUUUUCCAGGAGACUGUAAAGUCAUUUUGAGUUUAUUUUCAAACUUUAAGUUUAGAAAUUGCUCCCUUUACUUGAUCGAGCAGCUUCACAAAAGCCACCAUCAGAAUUUUCGAUCAACCGCGCAGCCGUUCUUAACAUUUCUUCUGGUGAGAUCCUUUUUUUUUUGGGAAAAACCAUUUCAUUGUUCAGGGCUGGGGUCUAUUGGGAACAAUACCAUUGGAUCGACCGAGAAGGGAUUUCUCGCCUACAGAAUAAGCAAGGUUUUUUCACCCUCAUGUAUUUUUUUGUCUUAAACCAUUGAUUGAAAAAUUCAUAACUUUCAUCUCACCUUCUCUGUUCGAAGAAGCCACUUAAAAAAAGGGAAAAAAAAACGAAUUAUACGCGAAACUCAUCUUGCGAAAGUGAUCGGAGUUCCGACAUAUGUGAGCGGAAAAAAGUAGAAAAAAACUAUUGUACCAAAAAAAUAAAUAAAUAAAUUUUUUUAAGGUAGAAGGGAAUAUUUUCACGUUUCCAAAAAAAGGAGGUGAAUGGAUUUUUUUGGUUGAAAACAAACAUUUCAGAGACACAUCUAGUAAAAAAAAUUUCGCAAUUAAAGAAUAUUCAAUAUUCUUUCAAAAAGAUACAUUCAUAAUUUCUGAUUACGCGAAAUUAUUUAGAACGGCGCACAAGCCUAUUUAUUGAAAUAACUCGGACCUGACGAGUGACAAACGGAUUAGACGCUCCUCCUCAAGUGAUCACUAGAGAGGCGCAGGUAGUAGUUACGCAAGUGGAAAUUUUUUUUUUCUUUUCGACGACCACUUAGAGAUAAUUACUUCGUUUUUCCUCGCGAGACCUGAAAGCUGCAAAAUUUGGGUGGUUUAACUGAAAGUUCUAGGCGGGAUUGAACCAGUUUGGAAAGACGUUUGGAAUCGACGUGAAGAACAAAGGAAUUCUGGUAUCUUCUUUCUGUCCUGGCUGGGUUCAGACAGAUAUGGGCGGCGAGCAAGCUCAGCUUACGGUAUUCAGGAACAUGGCAUCCUGUUGCUAUUCUCGUAAUUUUUAGACUGAGCAGUCUGCCGAGGCGUUGGUUUCUUCCUUCCAUCGAUUGAAUGCCGAGCACACGGGUCUUUAUUUUGACCGAAAUCUCAAACCACUCGAAUUUUGA